AUGGUAACACAUUUGUGCAAUCAUACAGUGUUAUUUGAUAUAAUCAUCUCUUGAUCAACAGGUCCUUCAACUGGUGAUGCUACUCUGAGGAGGAGAAUUGAACCCUGGGAAUUUGAAGUCUUCUUUAACCCUGGAGUACUUCGCAAAGAGACCUGUCUGCUCUAUGAAAUCCAGUGGGGCACGAGCCGAAAGAUCUGGAGAAACUCCAGCAAAAACACCACCAAUCAUGUUGAAGUGAAUUUUAUAGAAAAAUUUACUGCGGAAAGACAUUUUUGCCCAUCCAUCAGCUGUUCCAUCACCUGGUUCUUGUCCUGGAGUCCUUGUUGGGAAUGUUCCAAGGCUAUCAGAGAAUUUUUGAGUCAACAUCCUAAUAUGACUCUGGUUAUUUAUACAGCACGGCUUUUUCAGCACAUGGACCAGCAAAACCGGCAAGGACUCAGGGACCUCAUUAACAGUGGUGUAACUAUCCAGAUGAUGACAGUCUCAGGUAACAACAGUAAACAGAAUCAUAAGUGUUUAUAAGAGACUGUGGUGAUAGAUCUGUUUGUAGGCCAAGUUGAUCAUUCGAGGCUGCAAGUCUCAGGAGUGA